UUUGGAUAUAAACCCAAGUAGUACCAUCAUCAUCUCCUCAUUCCUUUCCAUACACUCUCUUCAUUUUUCUAUAUAUUCAACAGAGCAGCAGAGAUCAGUAGAAUCAACACAACUUUCUCUAUUAAUUCUUCACACACACACACACACACACACUAGAGAGAGAGAGAGAGAGAGAGAGAGUUGAUUCCAAGUAGUAGUGCUAGAGUUGAAUGGAUCAGAACAUUAAUGUGCAGCAGCAGGGAGAGGGAGAGGGACAGGGGCAGGAGGGCGGAAAGGCAUCAUCAAGAUUCAAGAGAAUAUGUGUGUUCUGUGGGAGCAGCCCAGGGAAGAACCCUACCUACCGCCUUGCUGCUAUACAUCUUGCAAAACAACUGGUGGAAAGGCAGAUAGACCUGGUUUAUGGAGGUGGGAGCAUCGGGUUGAUGGGUCUCGUUUCUCAAGCUGUCUAUGAUGGUGGUCGCCACGUCUUAGGGGUUAUUCCCACAACUCUAAUGCCCAGAGAGAUAAGUGGAGAGCCUGUUGGAGAAGUAAGAGCAGUAUCUGGUAUGCACCAGAGGAAGGCUGAAAUGGCCAGACAAGCUGAUGCUUUUAUAGCCUUGCCUGGUGGGUAUGGUACAUUGGAGGAACUGCUGGAAGUCAUCACCUGGGCUCAACUAGGCAUUCAUGACAAACCCGUGGGGUUGCUGAAUGUGGAUGGCUACUACAACUCACUGCUCUCUUUCAUAGACAAGGCUGUUGAUGAGGGCUUCAUUACGCCAUCUGCCCGUCACAUUAUUGUCUCUGCCCAAACUGCCCAUGACCUCAUCUCUAAGCUUGAGGAUUAUAAUCCGAUGCAUAAUGAGUCUGCAACCAAAUUGAGUUGGGAAAUGGAGCAGCAACUGGGCUAUACUGCAAAGUCAGAUAUUGCUCGUUGACCUUGAUCCAUUGCAACUUUGAAGUAUUUAGACGACGUCGUAUAUACAUGACAUUUUUGUCAGUGUGGUACAAAACAAAACAAAACAAAACAACAUAAUUCAUUGCAGAUUUUUCAUGUUAUUUAUCCAUCAAAUUAUGUAACCCUUGAUUGAUUUGUCCAUUUUUAGGGCUAACCUCAAUCAACGAGGACUCAAUUUUUGUUAGAUGACAUUUGUCUACAUUUUUUUGUAUAUAUUGCUACUUAUUUACAAUUUGACGAGUGUUUAUAGA